CCUCCCUUUCCCUCACUUCUCCCCUGCCCCUUGGUCCCCUUUCCUCUGUGCCACCAUGACUGUGAUGGCUGGAGAGAACAUGGAUGAGACUUCUGCGCUACCUGGCCACCCCCAGGAUAGCUACCAGCCUGCUGCCCACGAUGACCACGAGUGCUGUGAGCGUGUGGUGAUAAACAUUGCAGGACUGCGCUUCGAGACACAGUUGAAGACUUUAGCCCAGUUCCCCAACACGCUGCUGGGCAACCCCAAGAAGCGCAUGCGCUACUUUGACCCCUUGCGCAAUGAGUACUUCUUUGACCGCAACCGGCCCAGCUUUGACGCCAUCCUCUACUACUACCAGUCCGGGGGGCGGCUCCGCCGGCCCGUCAAUGUCCCCCUGGACAUGUUCUCUGAGGAGAUAAAAUUUUAUGAGCUGGGUGAGGAGGCCAUGGAGAAGUUCCGAGAAGAUGAAGGAUUCAUUAAAGAUGAGGAGAGACCCUUGCCGGAGGGGGAGUACCAGCGCCAAGUGUGGCUCCUCUUUGAGUACCCAGAGAGCUCUGGGCCGGCAAGGGUUAUUGCCAUAGUCUCUGUCAUGGUGAUCCUCAUCUCCAUCGUGAUCUUCUGCCUAGAGACAUUACCUGAGCUGAAGGAGGACAAGGAGUACACAGUGCACCGCACUGACAACACCACCCAGGUCUACAAAUCCAAUAUCUUUACAGAUCCCUUCUUUGUUGUGGAGACCCUGUGCAUCAUCUGGUUCUCCUUUGAGCUGGUGGUACGAUUCUUUGCUUGCCCUAGCAAGACUGAUUUCUUCAAGAACAUAAUGAACUUCAUUGACAUUGUGGCCAUCAUCCCUUACUUCAUCACCCUGGGCACUGAGAUGGCCGAGCGGGAGGGGACUCAGAAAGGAGAGCAGGCCACCUCCUUGGCCAUCCUGAGAGUCAUCAGAUUGGUAAGAGUCUUUCGAAUCUUCAAACUCUCCCGGCACUCUAAGGGCCUCCAGAUUUUGGGACAGACCCUCAAAGCAAGUAUGAGAGAGCUAGGUUUACUAAUCUUCUUCCUCUUCAUUGGGGUGAUUUUGUUCUCUAGUGCGGUAUAUUUUGCUGAGGCUGAAGAACCUGAGUCUCAUUUCACAAGUAUCCCUGAUGCUUUCUGGUGGGCGGUGGUAUCCAUGACCACUGUGGGCUAUGGUGACAUGUACCCUGUGACAAUUGGAGGCAAAAUCGUAGGCUCCUUGUGUGCCAUCGCUGGUGUGCUGACAAUUGCCCUGCCUGUACCUGUCAUUGUGUCCAACUUCAACUACUUCUACCACCGAGAAACCGAAGGGGAAGAACAGGCUCAGUUACUUCACGUUAGCUCCCCUAAUUUAGCAUCUGACAGUGAUCUCAGUCGCCGCAGCUCCUCCACAAUCAGCAAAUCUGAGUACAUGGAAAUCGAAGAGGAUAUGAAUAAUAGCAUAGACAAUUUUAGAGAGGCUAAUCUCAGAACUGGCAACUGCACUGUAGCCAACCAAAACUGCGUUAAUAAAAGCAAGCUGCUGACUGAUGUGUAAGCAAAGAAACAAAAAACCCUAAAACAAAAUCCCCACUCGCAGCUUGAAGACUUUAGUGACACAGUCACACUUUGUAGAUGCUUUACUGAUAGUCUUUGAAUGCUUUAUUUACCUCGUAAAUGCAUUGUUGCAUUGCAAAUCUUUGCUCUGUGAUAAAGAAGCUUCCAGGAUCCAUGAAAGAUAAAAUUUUGUUUAUUUUCAAAAAACCUUUUUCCACCUGGCAAAUGAUAGCCAUUUGAACUAGUUUAGUUUUAAGCCAUUAUGAUGCUAGACCUAAACUUUUCCUCCACUAUCUCCUCUUUUUUUUUUUUCUUUUACUUUUCUUUUUUUUUUUUUUGGAUAAAGUUAUUUAAACUAAGCAAGACAGUUUUUAGAGCUAUUAAGCAUAUGCAUGGAUUCCAGUAAAAAUAUUCUGCAAAACUACACAGUUGCAAGAAAGUACAUCAGAUAAUAAUAGUAAAAAAAGAUCAGCCAAAACCUGCGGCAAGCAUUUGUCAUGGUGUUUAUGAAGGAGUGCACAUUUUCCUUCCACCCCCUCUGUGAAAGAUUCCAUCCUUACAACCUUAAAAAACCUACUUAAGCCUGAUCUCUCUGUCCAUAGAAGAAAUAUCCUAAAAGGAGAAUAGCAAACAAAACUGAAGACAAAACAUCUGCAAUGCUGCUAAGUCCUCUCACAUGCAGAUGAUAGAAACACACUUUUUCCCCCCUCCCUGUUCGGAACUGGAUACAAAACUUUAAGCCCUUCUGUUGCAAGGUAGCACAAUGGAGUUUAAUAUAAGCAUGUUUGAAUUUGAUACUAUUUAUUUUAUGAUCGCAUGCUUGAAACAUUACCUCAGUCAAUAGCGGAUAAGCUUUCGUUUGAACUGAAUCUUCUAAAAAUAGGUCCUUUCUCCUCUCUUUUUUUGUUUCUUUUCUUUUUCUUUUUGAUUUGCAUUCACCAGAAGUGCACUCCUUAAUUUAUUCAAUCAUUGACUAGUAAUUUAAAGUACUGUAUUUAAGUGCAUAUGUUAGUCAAAUGGGAACAAUAACUUCUGGAGAUCAAAGCAUGUUCAAAUAUUCAGCAUUAUGGCCUAUUUGAUUAAAGUGUAACUUGAAUUAAUUAGUGCAUGAAUUCAAUGAUAAUAAUAAUAAAAAUGAUGAUGAUAAUAACAACAAUGAUGAUAACAAUAAAAACAAAAAAAAAAAAAAGUGCUUGAUAGACUGAGGGCCUGAAUGAACUGAUUAGAGAAAUCUGAUUGUUUUCCUGCAUUGCUCAGGGAAAUGUGUUGGUUUUGUCCAGGCGUUGUCGGAAAGGAACAUAUCCCAUCCCUUAAAGGGAAAGUUAUAUGGAAAACUAACAAAUCAAGUUAUAUAUAGCAACAGCUAAAAACCUAGUAUCCUCUAUAGAUGAAAGGUGCAGAUGCAUGUUUUUUGGUGCAUUCUCAGAAUGUAAAUGAAACUUAUCUAUUAUAUGCAUCCGAAUUGCAGCAGCUGGUUUCUUUUGCAGUCAUCAGUUGUGACUUUUUUGUAUCCCCCCCCAAAAUUUACUGAAUAGACCCAGCAGAUUGAUUGAGAGAGUUGUGCAGUGCCUUUAUCUUACAGCCCCCAAAACUGCUGAAAGUGCCUCCAGGAACUGAGUGGAUCAGAGACAUCGAGGGAAAGGACAAUAAGUCAGUCCUGUGUUGCAGGAGUGUCCUGUGCUGUCUACUGGCACAGCAUGGAAAGGUUUAGGGAUAGAAAGAUCAAGUGUGAGUGAGAGGGAUACAGAAGAGGCAGGCAGAGAUCACCAGUGCCCGUGGAAUACUUUCCUUCCCUAGCCAGUCUGAUGCUGCAGGGCUCUGCAUUGGCUUCUGCCAAAUAACUCCUAGUUGUGUACAUGUGAGGCUUCAGGUUUCCCUGGUUUGUUCAUAGAGGCAUCACUGCCAUCACUGUAUCUGCCCUUCCUUUCCCUGAGGUGGCUCUUUGUCAGCUUGUCCCUGCAGGGCAGGGUGCAGGAGGAAUGGGAGCCUGGGCAUCUCCCAGUCAGGCCACCAGACUGGAGGACUUUGCUCUUCUUUCCCUUAGGUUCCCCAGCAGGUAGAUGGGAAAGGCUUUCCUGGGCCCUCCCAUCCCUGUCUGCUCCAUCCUCUUUCAGAUCUUAGAUCCUAUCACAGCCUUUGAGCCACGUUCUUCUUCCUGAUCUCUAAUCUUACUGUACUUCCAUCAUUUCCUGGUGAGGGAAGCAAUGCUAGGAGAAGAUAUCUUCUGCAACAUGCAAGCCUUGACUGCUAGGCCCUGGAAAAUCUGAACAGACAUAUAGGCACUAAUCUCAAUUUUUCAAAUGGUCAAAGUUGAGGAUCUUCAUUCUGCACUUAGCAUGUGGCCAACUGUUGAACACAUUUCCUUCCGUGAUGUACAGAUCCUUUCCUCCCCUGUCUUUCUGAUAUAUGUAUAUAUGUGUAUAAAUAUAUAUAUAUAUAUGUAUGUCUGCUCCUGUGUGUGUCACAUGCGUAUGCAGGCACAUGCAUAUAUAAAAAAAAAAUCAAAGCACUUAGAGUUAAAAACCAACCCUAACUCUGCAGUUACGCACAAGCUUAACCUGCCAGGUUUCCAGAAAGACUUGACUUUAUUUCUCACUGUGUGACUUCUGUGAAUCGUAGUGAUGAGAAAGAUCAAGAACUGAAGGAGCUCCAAUUCCUGCAAGAAGUGCAAAGCAUCAGAUAAAACAGGGCAUUACAUUCUCUAGGUAGAUGUUGUAAAGCUUCUUUCCUGUCCCCUGCUCAUGCCCGUGCCCUUUGUACACCUCUCUCCCUGUUAAAUUCCAGUGGUCCCAAUCUUCCCAAACUCUUGAAUCAUAGGAUAUGACUUCUGAUAUCAAAAUGGACUUUAAUGCUGCAUUCAGCUUAUAAAACCACCAUCUGACCAAACUAAACAGCAAUAAUCAAUGGGACUGAUGAUCAGAAGGAUGCGUUUGGGAGAUAAGGUAUCAUUUGGGUACCUUCUGUCCCAGCUGGGUGUGCACACUUUAAUUUAAUGUGCAGAGUGAUGAUCAUUCUGCUUAUGCACAAAGUGCUGCCAAUGCAGCGAUUCUUUGUCAAGAGACCGAGCCGGAUCAUAAGAACUUGUGGUUUGGGGAGCCUAAAUAUUGCUUUGUCCAUUUAUAGCUCACUGCAAAGGAUCUCAACCCACAUGGAGUACAGGAAUUAAACUCAUGUAGCAUAGGCAUGUGUUUUCGACAAGUUUGACACAAAAAAAACCCCAACAAAAACAAGGUUCUUACUCCCUUUACACAGGAGUGCUGAAGUGUCUUUGUGGGCCUGAAGGUGCACUUAACAAACUGCCUGUUCUUAUCAGCAA